CGCUCCCUCCGCACUCCCCGCUCCCGACCCGCCCUGUGAUUUUUCAGAGAGAGAGCCACCGAGGGCUGCUUUUUUAAAAUAAAUAUCAGCAAUUUUGUUAAUUAAUUUGAUUUAUUUAGUGUUAUAGUGUUCGUCCGCUAUGGACAAAUGUGGGAUUUGUCUUAAACCUGCGGUUCAACUGUUUGAAACGGGGAAGGAUGGAAUAUAUGCAUGCUUCAAGUGCCAGCCAUUAGUGCCUGAGAUUACUAUUGGAGAGAAUGGCACGGAUCAGACAGUACCACAGACCUCCAGCAACACCGAAGAGGAAAACAAUGAAUCAUCAUUGUAUUGUGGCCUCUGCCACAAGUCUUUUCAGAAGAACAUGCAGCUACAAAAUCACUUGCGCAACCAUCGUGCGGAGAGACGCUUCGUAUGCACUUACUGCAAUAAAGCAUUCUCCCAGUCGAACAAUUUAAGGGCGCACCUCCGCAUCCACACGAAUGAGCGACCCUUUAAAUGUUCCGAAUGUGGGAAGGCUUUCACUCAGGUUACGAAUCUGAAUAACCAUGUGAGAUUGCACACUGGCGAGCGACCGUUUGUGUGCCCAGAACCCGGAUGCAAUAAGGCGUAUGCACAGGUAACAAAUCUGAACCAGCAUCGCAAGCGUCACCUGAACGGUCGCCCAGUGGAGGCGACGUACGACUGCACCGUCUGUGGGGAGCAGUUCCAGCAACGUAACCACAUGUAUAUGCACAGACGCGAGGUGCACUCUGAGCUGAAGAGCCCGGGUCGCAGCGAGUCGCGGCGCGCCAGCUGUACGGUCUGCGGCCUGAGCUUCGCCAACCACCGCCUGCUACAGCGACACACGGCGCAACAACAUAACACUAGCGCCGACACGGACGACCACGACAAGACGGAGUACUCGUGCGUGUUCUCGUCGUGCGGCGCGCGGCUGCCGUCGGCCCGCGAGCACACGGAGCACCUGCUGCGGGAGCACCAGCUGCGGGUCCUCGCGCACGCCGCGCACCCGCCGCGCAGGGGACGCCCGCCCAAGAUGAUGAAAGACCCGUUGGAAAUUAAGGAGGAAGAUUACCAUGAAGUAAAAAUAAGGAAAUCCUCCCAGCCACAAUACUUGCCCAAGUUAAAAGUGCAGAGUUUAUUCCAGUGAAAUACUUUAGUAAGUGCAACAUGUAGGCGUCUGUUCAGACUUGUGACGUAGGUACAUUACAUACCUUCACAUCAAAUAACUACUUUAUUUCGCAAGCAAUAAAAUGCAUUUUCGAUUAAGAUCUCGUCAGCCUGUCUGAACAAACCUAUGGUGUAAAUGUUGACGCGGAGUCGGGACAUUGUUGUAUUUCUCUAAGUUAGGGCCAACUAGGUAAGGAGAUAUGCUUUGUACUAAUUAUUAUUAUCAUUUGUACUUAAAUUUUACUUUCGACUUGUGUUAUUACAGGUCUAUUUUUGUGGUACUGGUGUAUUCCAUCGUUUUUUUGUUGUAUGACGUAAUUUAUAUAGAAAUUUAUCGCGGUGGGGCGGGGAACGGUAAAGAAGGAACAUGAGUGUUAGAGAGAAAGAGCAUUUAUUGUAUUUUCAAUAAGGUUGAUAUUCGGUUUUGUUUUACUCCGAACCCACCGCGUGAUAUCGGUCAAUCUAUCUAAAUACAAAAUAUGCUGCGACGUAAUUUUUUAUUGUAUGAAUUCUAUAUAAAAAUUACGAUCGUUUUGCAUUAAUUACGUUAUACAUUUCUAUUAUACACAAAUAUAUUAUUUACAUUCUUAAACAAAUAUUUAGUUACAGAUUAUAAAACGGUUUAUGCAAUUUUUAUUUAGAGUGGGAAAUAUUUUAUAAGUACAGCGAAGUAGUGAUAGCAAAAUGUUAUUAUUUGCACGAAAACAUGAUUCUCAAAAAUAUGUAAAAUUAUUAAGAAUAAUGAAAAAUCUACAGAUAUAAAUAAUAAUGUUAAGUGAUAAUAAAUAAGUGCAAUUUAUUGUAACAACUUUAUAAUAUCGUUUGUUACAUUAGGAUAAGUAUUAACUUUCAAUAUUUUAUUUUUCACUUCCAAGCCGUAGUUUGUAAAUGUCUAUAUAUAAAUAGUUGAUAGACAGAAUAUACAUAUACUUUAUGUAUAAGUACUUUAUACUUUGCUUUUAUUUUUAUUAUUAAAAUCCGUUGUGUAAAAGACUGUGAUGCGGAGAUUGAAAUUGCCAUUAUAUAUUAUUUUUGUUUGACUUAAAAGUGUAAUCAAGUAUUUUCCAGUAUUAUAAAUUAUAAUAUUUGUUUCGAGUUUCGGUUUAAGUAUUAGUUUUGACUUCAUUUAUACUUUACAUUUAUAUUUGCACGCUUUAUUGUGACACUUUGUUGGAUUUGAUAAGUUUGUACGACUGAAAAUUUAGAACAGUACCUGGCGAUAAAUAUUGCACAUCGACAUUUGGAAGAAGACAAUCGACCAAAUCGCCACGUAUACUGCUCAUGAAAUGAAAUGAAAUGAAUUUAUUUUCUGUAAAUAGGCUACAAAAGAGCACUUACAAUGUCAAAAAUUAUUAAUAAAAAUCUAGAUUAGGUCGGGAUUUCCUAACGGAAUACUCUGAGAAGAUAUGCCGAAAGAAAGUCAGAGGUCUCUCUCAUGAUUAUGAGCCGCUCAAACUAGUCGAAUCACUCUCCUUGAAUUAAAAUUAGAUCGAAAAAAAAAACAUUUUGUACAGUUAAAUGAUCGUAAUAUCACACAAAAUUGUCUCUUUCCAAAAGUCGAUGUGCAUUAUUUAUCCCCAGGUUCUAUAAUAUUGUAUUCGAUGAUUUGUUGUGGGUAGUUUAUUUUCGAUAAGCAUAUUGCAGCCAUAGCGAGACGCACGAGAUUAAAAAUUAUAAAUGCAAUUAGUAAAUUAAGAAUAAAUUUAUUUACGACACAGAAAUUUGACCCCAGACCAGUUUUGUUUGCGGUCUAUAGAAUUUUAUUUACAAGAGAGGUCGAGGUGUUAUUUCCUCGCUAGCUAUGGUAGAUGUAAGCUUAUCGUAGAUCUUACGUGUGAUAUCAAUUACCCGUGUAUCGGCUGUUAUAGGUUUUAUAACUGAUUUUGAUUAUUUUCUAGUUUCAAGUCGGUGUAAUACAUUUAUUUUAUGAAUUUACCUUUCUGUAUGUUCUGUAAAAGUAAAAGAUAAAAUUAUCAUCAAACCUGUAGUUAAUGCAAGCUCGAACCUGAAUGAAUAGUACAUACAUACAUACAUAACCUCACGCCUGUCUCCCAUGGGGGUAGGCAGAGACAAUGGAACGCCAAUUGCCACGGUUCUUACACACUUCUUUCGCUUCAUCAACAGUCAUCAGUCUUUUCAUGCAUGCUCGUCGGUUAAAGGUACUUUUAAUUUGACCCUUUUUUAAUAUAUCGCCAAUCUGGUCGCUAUAUGUCCGUCUGGGGCGCCCUCUACCGACGGUCCCACUCAUAUUUGCCUUGUAUACUUCUUUCGUAAAUCUGUUUUCAUCCAUCCUUUCUUUUCCUUUCUUAGUUAGUUUACAAUGAAAAUAUUAGAGUGAUAUAUGGUAGUAAUUUAUGGCUGGACAAAAUUAGAUUUUUAUUUGUGUCAAGGCAAGGUUUUUGUCCCCGUACUAAUGCUAAACAGUGUUGGUCAGCAGUAAUAACUUUAUUUCUUAUAUGGACCAUAUAUCUUGUACCAACAGUACAGCUGAUACAGUAACAAUACAUUAGAAUUUUAGUUUUAAUUCCGCUUAUAGAUAUAUUUUUAACAUGCCAUGUGCAACACUGUCCUCCCACCCGCAUUUAAAUUCUCAUGCAGCAGAAGUGCAACAUAAAAAACACACACAUGACUUGCAUGCAGGAGGGCGCAAAUAAGCGAAUUUAAAACCUAAAAUCUAAUAUAUUGUUAGUGUAGCAUGGAUUUCCGCAAAAUAAAGCCUGAUUCUAUUCUGUAUAGUACCUACAGCUGAUACACGGGUGAUGAACACACGCCCGAUAGAGAUAUAUCGCGUUAGGAUAAGGUGCAAAUGUUCCUAUGAGUGUGUCAGAGUCGGCUCGACUAUUGUCGACGCAAGCCGCGUGUUGUAUGAUAGUCGACCAUUUCAAUAUAUUUAGCCUUGUUAAGUGUCACCAUGUCGGAGAUUUUUUAUUAACAUACAAAUAAUUACGGUAAUAAAAUAUGCAAGUAUACAA